UGUUCUUUUCUUUUUACAGACAACAGACAGGCAUCGGAUCACAUCGACAAGUUUUACAUAACACAGUGGAUAGAUACACAAUAUGACAAACAGACACGUGUUGUUCUAGUGUAUUUCAUCUGUGUGCUUCUUUAAAUCGUGUCCAAGUGUUCGUGUGUGUAGUGGUGACGUGUCUGUAAAGUUUCUCCUCCUCUUCCUCUUCCUCCUCCUCCUCCUCCUCUCCUGCCCGAGGCUCAGCAGUGGAACUGACUGGGCAGCUUCACUCAGUAAAGUCACAGAGAGGUGGACCGUCGGGACAUCAUGGGCAUCAAAUUCUUGGAGGUGAUCAAGCCAUUCUGUGCAGUUUUGCCAGAGAUCCAAAAACCCGAAAGAAAGAUCCAGUUCAGGGAGAAGGUAUUAUGGACUGCCAUCACGCUCUUCAUUUUCCUGGUGUGUUGCCAGAUCCCGCUCUUUGGCAUCAUGUCCUCAGACUCUGCAGAUCCGUUCUACUGGAUGAGAGUAAUUCUGGCCUCAAACAGAGGUACGCUGAUGGAGCUGGGUAUCUCGCCUAUUGUCACCUCGGGCCUGAUAAUGCAGCUGCUGGCUGGUGCCAAGAUCAUUGAGGUUGGAGACACACCAAAGGACAGAGCCCUCUUCAAUGGAGCUCAGAAGCUGUUUGGAAUGAUCAUCACCAUCGGCCAGGCCAUCGUAUAUGUAAUGACAGGCAUGUAUGGAGAUCCCUCAGAGAUGGGCGCAGGAAUCUGUCUGCUCAUCAUCAUUCAGCUGUUUGUAGCUGGGCUGAUCGUGCUGCUACUGGAUGAGCUGCUCCAAAAGGGUUAUGGUCUUGGUUCAGGGAUCUCGCUGUUCAUUGCUACCAACAUCUGUGAGACAAUCGUCUGGAAGGCCUUCAGCCCUACGACUGUGAACACCGGAAGAGGCACAGAGUUUGAGGGAGCCAUCAUUGCUCUUUUCCAUCUGAUUGCGACUCGGACAGACAAAGUGCGAGCUCUGAGAGAGGCCUUCUACAGACAGAACCUGCCUAACCUCAUGAACCUCAUCGCCACAGUAUUCGUCUUUGCUGUUGUGAUAUAUUUUCAGGGAUUCAGGGUGGAUCUGCCCAUCAAGUCGGCCCGCUACCGUGGCCAGUACAACACAUACCCCAUCAAGCUCUUCUACACCUCCAACAUCCCCAUCAUCCUGCAGUCUGCCUUGGUCUCCAACUUGUACGUUAUCUCCCAGAUGCUUUCCACACGCUUCAGUGGCAACUUUCUGGUUAAUCUGCUUGGAACUUGGUCUGACACAUCGACUGGCGGCCCAGCCCGUGCCUACCCUGUUGGUGGUCUCUGUUACUACCUCUCCCCUCCAGAGUCAUUCGGCUCUGUUUUAGACGACCCGGUCCACGCAUCCAUCUACAUUGUCUUCAUGCUUGGAUCAUGUGCCUUUUUCUCAAAAACCUGGAUUGAAGUGUCUGGCUCCUCUGCUAAGGAUGUGGCAAAACAGCUGAAGGAGCAGCAGAUGGUGAUGAGGGGACACAGAGAAACCUCAAUGGUCCAUGAACUGAACAGGUACAUUCCUACAGCUGCUGCCUUUGGUGGACUGUGUAUCGGUGGUUUAUCGGUGAUGGCCGACUUCCUCGGAGCCAUUGGCUCUGGCACUGGUAUCCUGCUGGCCGUCACCAUCAUCUAUCAGUACUUUGAGAUCUUUGUGAAAGAACAGAGCGAAGUAGGCAGCAUGGGGGGGCUGCUAUUUUAGAAAAGCCAAUGUCCUCCCGCCUUCAACCAUUUUUUAUUCGGAUCAACAACCUCGCAAUAUAUAUAUUUUUUGCAUCCAUCUGAAGCGCCUGCAUCUCUAGUUUUCCAGUUUCGGGAUGAUGCUUGAGAAAUCCCCUCAGGGAUCUCAGCUGAAACGGGACGUUGGUACCACUACACUGCUUGUUGGUCCCUCCACAUAUCCUCCAAAGUAUCUUCUAAAAUAACAGAGACAUUUCAGUUGCACUUCAUGUUUUCUAAAUGACUCAAGAUUAGUUUCAUGUAAAGUCAUCUCUGUGUAUAAAAGGAGGUCCUAUGGGAGUCCCGUUCUUUCUUUCCAGACUGACUCGAGUGCUUCAGUAUGCAGGCAUACUCAACUUGGAAGAUGGCGGUCCACUGCCUGCUGUGUGCGUGCAAGCACUCCACCAUCUGCUUGAUGUUAACUUAGUCUAUCCUUUUACUUUCAACUUUAUUUCAUUUUUCUGUGAACCUGUCAUUCAGGUAGAGGUGUGGACCAGAAGCUGAACUGUCAGACGCUGCGUCAAGUACUGUAUAGCUGUUUUCAGACAUGCGGAAAAUUUCCCAAAAAUUGGGUCCGGACAUUUUUCGGAGUUUGCCAUUAGCAUAUGAGGAAUGCAGCAGGAGAUUGUCUGAGGUAGACGCAUUCACGCCAACGCAGGACAUGACGAUAAUCCCGCUGCGGAAAGCAGUGUUUUUGUUUACAGUCAUCAGUCCGCAAAACUUUCCUGCUGUAUUCUCACAUGGGCUCACUUGGACAUUUUCCAGAAAUUUUUUCUAGGGGGCUGGCAGGAAAAGUUCCGGACACUGACACAUUUUUGGACAUUUGCAUUCUCACAUUCAGCCUCCAGAAAAGUUCAGGAAAAUGUCCGGACUUCAAUGCAUGUCUAAAAGCAGCUUAUGUUUUCCUGAGUUUGUGACUCUGUCAGAGGUUUUAUUGGAACAGGGUCUUGUAAGAAGAGGUAGUGGAGCUCACAUUGGGCUCCACCUGUCAAAUUAAACUGUUCAUUUUAUCUUCUUGAACAGUCCAUUCAACAGAACAAUUCAAAAAACAAACGGUUUUAAUGUAUAGCAUUCCCAGGGAACUGCAGUAUUAACACAUCACAUUCAUUUGUGUUAGCCAUUUAUUAUUAUUAUUUUUUUAAUUAUCUGCUUUAAGCAUACUUUAAUCACACUUUUUGAGACGCUACAAAUAAUUAUUUCUGUACAUAGGCCAUGCAUUGAAUAACUGAGUUUGUCUUAAGUGUAAGAUAAAAGAAAAUUCUUUUGAAUAUGUAAAAAUAAAUACAUUUCAGAACAAACUUGUAUAAAACAAAACAUUCUCAUAAAUUUUUGUGGAACACGG